AACAGAGUAAUAUCUCAGUGAUUAUCUGCUGAGUGAACUCUGUUUUUUUUAGUCUUAAAUUUGUUUUGGCUCCCUGAGAGUCCGUCAGUCUGUCUUUGGAAAUCCAGCUCUGGGAUACAUCCUCAAUCAAGAGACAUCACCUGAUACAUCAUCGUCACUGACUUUUUUAUUAUCUGGUUCCACAGUCCAGAGAAGGAUUUGUACAGAAACCUGGUGGAAAAUCGGGCUGAGAGAGAAAGAGAGAAAUCCCUGCCUGUACAACGACACCUGCUGCUGUCCAGCUGACCGACAGGAGAGAGCGUAAGGGUGAAGAAGAAGGCACAGUUGAAUCAGGAGGUGGUUUUACCCUCUGCUGAGCUUACGACCACCAACCAGCCACUAAUUUCCACCACAGCCUGACAAAUUAGUACAGUCUGACUGAGGAGGACCUUGAAGGAUUUGGGCUUCAUUUUGGACCAAAACAAAGGUCUGAUCACCAGUUACGGCUCUACUUGGGUCAGGCUCUUCAUCUCUGUGAUGAUGGCUUGGCUCCAGCUGUGGACCACGGGGCUCAUGGCCUUCUCCGUCUCUCUCGUCGUUGCUGAAGACUCUGGCCUUCCUGCGGUGGAAGCGGAGAAACGAGGCCCUGUUGAGAUUGUGAAGAAGGAGUCCCAUCCUGUCCUGCUCAGGCAGAAGAGAGACUGGAUCUGGAACUCUCUCUAUGUGGAAGAAGAAAAACCUGCUCCCAUACCCUACAAGAUAGGACAACUGAAGUCGAACAAGGCGGUGGGGGUGAAAAAGUUUACAAUAGAAGGUGAAGGAGCGAACUCCAUCUUCACAGUGGAUGAAAAGGGAGACCUGUUUGUCACCAGGUCUCUGGACAGAGAACACAAGAAUUUGUACAACCUGACUGCCAGAAUGUAUGAUGGGAACAACAAGCUGAUAGAGGAUUCUGGGCACUUUGUCGUCCAGGUGACGGAUAUCAAUGACAACAGCCCUGUUUUCCCCAGAACAUACAAUGGAUCCAUUUCAGAGAGGUCGUCAAUAGGAACUCAAGUAGUGGAGGUGAAGGCGACUGAUGCUGAUGACCCCACCACUGCUAAUGGAGACCUCAAGUAUUCUUUGACCCCGGACGGAGACCUUACUGCCUUUGAAAUUGAGAGAAACACAGGUAUAAUCAGCUGCAAGAUAAACACUCUGGACCGGGAGACUAAGAGUCAGUAUGUGGUGGUGGUUAAAGCUCAGGACAUGAGAGGAAUGGCCUCUGGCAGCACGGCCACCACCUCUGUCACCAUCACCAUCACAGACAUCAAUGACAACAAAGCUUCUUUCACUCGAAAGAUUUAUGAACUGCAGGUUCCAGAAGACCACAAGGUGAAUGAGAAGAUCGGCACUCUGGAGUUGGAGGACAGAGAUCAGAUCCAUAACAAAGAGCCCAUCUUCAUCAUCCCCAAAGAAAACAACAAGAUGUUCAGUGCUGAGCUCAGCCCUAACAAAGAUGGCAACCUCAUGCUCAGACAUGCUCUGGAUUACGAGACCACGAGCAGCUACAGUUUCAUCAUUCAAGUGAAAGAAAACCUGAUACUUCCUGCUGACAACACGAAAAGUGCUGUCACCACAGCCGAGGUAAAGAUCAAAGUGUUGGAUGUGGACGAGCCACCAGUCUUCUCCCAGCCCAUCUACACCUUCAAUGUGGUGGAAGAACGGCUCGUGAACAACAUAGGAACAGUUACAGCCCGGGAUCCUGACAGAGCCAGCAAGAGCAUACGGUACUCCAUCCCAGACAAAGACUGUCCAAUCAGCAUCAACCAGGUGACAGGUCAGCUGUCCACCCUGAGGAUACUGGACAGAGAGCUGGAGGCCACACACAUGUUUCAAGUUAAGGCACAGGAGGAGCCAAGUGGUUUGGAGUCAUUUGUAAAAGUUAAUAUUGUAGUUCAGGACAUUAACGACAACAAGCCUGAACUGGUUGUGGACGAGAUCUUCGUCUGUGAGAACGACGUCACUGAAACGGUGAUAGGAACUUUGCGAGCCGCAGACAAAGACGACCAGCCGGCCUCCUUCAGUUUCAGCCUGGGCAGCGAGAGCUCCAACUUCUCCAUCAAAGAUUACGGCAACAACUCAGCAGACAUCAUGGUGAAACAAGGCCCGUUCAGCCUGGAUGACCCCAAGGAUUACAAGGUGGAUGUGCGCAUCAGUGACGGAGGACGGCCCAUCCAGACCAGCAUUACCACACUGGCAAUCAAGUCGUGUCGCUGUGACGCCAGGCGGAUUCCUACGCAGUGCAAAGCCAGUGCUCGGAGGAUGUCAGUGAGUGUCCACGCCCUGAUCGCCAUUCUGCUCUGCAUCCUGACCAUACUGGUCAUAGUGAUCCUGUUUGUGAUGAGGAAACGCUACCAGAAGGAUUCUCUGGCCAGUAUGAAGAACAGCGGGGAAAUCCACGAGCAGCUGGUCACUUACGACGAGGAGGGAGGAGGAGAGAUGGACACUAACGGCUACGAUGUCUCAAUCCUCACCUCUGCCUGCCACGACGGCUCCCUGCUUCGCCACCCAGACCGCCACCCCCACCCCUCUCUCUAUGCCAUGGUGCAGAAAGCCCCUCAACCCACUGCAUGUAAGGGCGACAUGGCUGCGAUGAUCGAGGUGAAGAAAGACGAGGCGGACCACGACAGAGACGGCUUCCCGUACGACACCCUCCACAUCUAUGGCUACGAGGGACCCGAGUCUUUAGCCGGAAGCCUCAGCUCUCUGGACAGUUCCUCCACCGCUUCGAACUUGGAUUACGACUUCCUGAACGACUGGGGGCCGAGGUUCAGGACCCUGGCUGAGCUGUACGGAGUGGAUGGACCCGACUACUACCAUCAGUACUGAUGGAGAGCGUCUGCUAAGAAGAAUACAUGAUGCCAAAACACACACACACACACACACACACACACACACACACAUAUGUGUAAAACAGCCAUAAAAAUACAUCCACACAUUGCCAAAAGCACGCACUAAAUACACACAGUCACACACACAUUUUGUUCCUGGACGAGGAGCUUCGAUCUAGCAGACAACCGUGUUCUCCAAAGACUUCUGUAGCUUCUGAAAACAGAAUCAGGGCGCUCACGUCUCCAGUAUAACAUCAACUAACUUUUGUUAUCAAGUGUAAUUCAGUGAAUCCGUUAAGUUUGCUGAGUCUCCUCAGUCUGUCAGUAAAUAGAGCUUCAUCAAACUCCAGGAAGCUCCAUCACGUUGAAUCAAGGUUUUUGGAGAUCUCUCUCUCAUUUGUCUUUUCUUUUCUGGUGACAUGUUGCCCUUUGCCUCCAACGAGGAGACGCUGGAAAGAUUGUUAACGUUACACCAAGACAUGACGCCACAGGAGAAAGUGACUGAGUGAUUCUCAAGGGGAUUUAUUGUUGGCGACAGCGAGAGUUUUGUCCCGUCACACCGUUGUGAUGUUUGACAUCACAGUCGUUAUUGCAUCAUACCUGCAAAGAUCUGAAAACCCAAACAGAUGAAACUCCACUGCAGGCUUUAGCCAAUCACAGUUCAUUGUGGAUAAUUGAUGGGUUAAUCAGGUCACUGCUGGCCAGUGAUGUUUUUAGUUUUUUCACAUUUGAUUUGUGUCUCAGCUCUCAUAUGCAGCGCCAUUUUUGCAUCCCCUCUUCUUACCCGAGACUUUCAUUUAUUUAUUUCUAUGGAUUUAUAUUCAUCUACAUAUACACCUACCAAUUAUUGCUAUAUCCCAGUAUAGACACAUACUAAAUCUGGACAUCUAAACAUUGACACAAUGCCUACAUUAAAGACAACAUUAAUAGAUAUGCAUAGUCUUGUAUCCUGGCUACUAUUGAAAGCUGUCAUACUUUAGACUCUUCAUCUGGAUAUGAGCUAAUUUAAAUGAUUCUAACAUUAAUGGAAGUUUUCAUUUUGUUUAUUUCCGUCUUACUGGGGAUGCAGAAUGGUGCACGUCAAAGCAACUCACUGUUGAUUUGAAAUUUCUGCCAUACUAUUUUUCUGUUCUCCACAUCCCUUUGUGUAUUGACAGCCUGUCAUCUCCUCAAGCCUCAAGCUUUGAAGAAUUUUUUUUAAAUAUUUUACAAAAGGGCCACAAACACACGGCGAGAACAAGGUGCUCUUAUUUUUGAUCUGAGGUAGAUGAGUUGAUUUGUAAAUAUGAUCGUCUGAGGGGUCCAUUGUUUGAGGUGAAAAACUUUGAGCAGCCACAAGCGUUUUAACUGAAAAUAGUUUGAAGUGUUUGAUCACAGCGAGAUGCCAGGCGUGUUUUCUUCAUGUGAAAUACUAAACAGGACCGUGUUUAAGGAAAGUUCAACUCUGAAAAACCCACACCUCUGGACAUCACAUCAGUCUGUGAUGCCCACAGGGUUAUUUUGUGAUAUACAGUAUAGUUCCUGAUCUGCAACAUUUACUGACAUGACGCCAGUUGUCAACAGAGUUAAAAAGUUCAGAUAAAGCUCUUCAAAAGUUCCUAAUAUUUAGCAUUGUUACACUUUUUUUCAAAGUGAAAAACUUAAAAAAAAAAUUCCAUUUCCCUUUUUGUGUUUUCUGAAACCGGCCGUCUGAUAUGAACAAGGAGUCAUUUUCUAAAUGAGUCACUUAGUCCAUUUUCCCCAAUUAUCUUCUGCUCUGAGAAGAGGAAGAACAAUGGAGCGACAACAGACAGAAGGGAAAUGGCAGUGCUGCAGCUCAGACAGAAUUACAGUGCGUUCCAGGUUUUUAUUUGACAGAACCCAUCAUCACAGUUAUUGUUGAGAUGAAAGCCCAAUUCUCAGAGGCCUACUACAACAAAAGUAAUUCAGACAACUCAGGAAACGCCAAGUGGCAAAAGCAGCUAGUUGGGCAGCUGCGAUGGCUCUGAGGUGGCUCGAAUAGCUUUAACCUCUCAUCCUUUUUGGCUACUGUCAGGUCAUAAAGUCUCUGAUACAAAAUUUGACAAUCUCUAGGUCAUUAUUAGCACAUUUUAAGUCUGAUUCUGAAACAAAAUCAAUGGAGUUGGGAGCCUUUUACAGACUUGGACCUAUUUAUAAUCUGUAGUUUGUGCUAUUUAACAAUAAGGCAAUCUUACAAAGGCUCUAUGAUGCAUCAUAUUGGACGGAUUUGUUGAAGGGUUUGCAUUUCUAAAUCAAUAUGGGAAGGUUAUCUGUUUCAGUUGAUAUUAGGCUACAGUUUGUCUACCUUUUUUAGAUUAGCAUUGUUGAACAAGUUUCCUUCUAAAACAGGGAAUUGUCAUCAGUAUAUUGUCUGACUUUCCAAAACCCAAUUUAUAUGGAUAUAAAACAGAAGAAAAGCAGCAAAAUCUCACAUUUAAGAAGCAGGAACCAGCAAAAUGUUUGUAAUUUUUGCUUGACCUUGAUUCAGUGAUGAUAAAUCACAUAUCAAAAUAGUUGCCAAUCAUUUUUUUGUUGACUAAUUGUUUCAACUCUAUCCCUUACAGACAUCAUUUUCAGAAAUCAUUAAGGUUGUCGUUAGCAACCUUUGCUUGGUGUAUCAUGUGGAAGAUCUAUUUGCUCUUUAGUAGCUCUUUAUGUCAUCAGGAACAACCACUCCCAGGCACCGUUUGAUCCCUCGCCCUCUGGGAGGACGGCGUCCAGCCAGGAACCAUUUAUCAAUGACUCACUUACAUUUAAACAAUUAAAGACAUUUGAGCUCAUUGUAUUAAUGUGGGGUCUGUGGAUAAAUUAUGGCUUCUGCUCUUACACAGAAAGCCAUUUAUAGAAGGGAAAAGGUCACUUCAUUGUGAAAGUGACAACUUAAAAGUCAGUUUGCAUGAUUGUAAAAUUAAGACACUCCAGUUUACGUAACGAUAUUUAAAUGUAUUCCAGUGUCGUAUACAACUCUGCUGAAAACACAGUCACACAGCUACAUGUCCUGAGGACAGUUCCUUUGUCCUUUUAAAAUGUGAUUUAAUUUCAGCGAAGACAGUUUAGUUUAUUUAUUCUCCUGUUUAUUCUGUUUUGUUUGGACUUGAACUUUUUUCUUUAAAACUCGUUUGGAAUGCCAUCUGAUAAACGGUGGAUACAAUAGCUGGAAGCCCUCUCAAUGCUUUCCUGUUGGGUUCACAUAUAUACUCAGAGCAGCCUGUUCCUCCACCUUUCUGUCUUUCUCUCGUUCUCCUGCUAUCCUUGUUUGCCUUACCGAACCCCCAACCCCCCAUACACACACACACACACACACUGUCUUUCUCUCUACGCCUUCUAAUCAGCUAAACCAAACAGUGAACUCAACUUCCUGUCCAUCUGGGGGGGUUGUGCCCGCCCCUUCCUGUCUAUGUUAUCUCUCUCGUGAGCUAAAGCAUUGUGCUCACUUCCUCUUGGCCCGGCCUGGGAAACAACCUUGGAGAGGAAAAGGGAGCGAGGCGAAAAAGGAGAAACAUAGGAUGAGUG